AAAAGUGUUUGAGACGUUGAGCCGAGUGGCUGGCUAGAGCGCGUUUUCGGCAACUAGACUGGUAAAUGAAAAGAAACAAAUCCAAUUGGAGAAAAAAUCCAUUUGAAGUGUUUUCUUUUUUUGGUGAAGUGUUGACUAAUUAGAAAUGUAAAGUAAAUAUUUUGUUCAUCAAAACAGUUGCAACAUUUCCGGUGAAAAAAUUGAUAAACAUAACUGCGUGCUAAAAACUGCAAAUUCGUGGUGAAAAAAGUGAGAGCGAAAGAAAGAAAACAUUGAUUUGUUACAAGUGACGCGACUUGUGCUCGAAUUGUACCAUUUAAUUACACGCGCAGCAUUGCAUUGCUCCAAUUUCUGUGCAUAUUUUUGUGUGUCUCGCUGUAACGCCACCCACAGCACACUGACUCCCCUUUUCGGCAGUGAAAGUAUUUCCGUGAAUGCGACGUGUACGUAGGUACUUCACUCUGUCAGCCCCAUACGACAUUUGCCAAUGCUUGUGUGUUGGUAUGUAGGUAACCUGAACGUCUUUGCAGUUUCCUAAUCGCUUUAGAGCACCGCUGAGGCGUAAAAUCUUGCCGCAAGUGCAGCAGUUGCAGCAGUCGCAGCGACGUUGACUGCGGCGACAGCAUUGUCUACACGGCUGCACUGUGUUGGCAUGUGCAAUAACAACGUUGAUAUUUGUUAGUGGCGCUGCAACGCUUACGUGUCCUUGAAUUGCUCGACUGACGCUGGUGAUUUUUGUGGCAUUGGUGAUCCAUUUCAAUCAUUGCAUGGCAUACUUUCUUCCGCCGGAAAUGCUGCUAUCGAGUAUUGAUUGUGCGUUUGUGUUAAAAACAAUAAUUUUGUGCUAAUAAAUGCAGUGCUGCCAAUAUACUAUUAUAAAUUGUUGACUGGAGUGCUGCAUUGCGACGGAACCUGUUGGCGCACGGACUGCUGAAUAGAAAAACAAAUAUUAGGCACAAAAGUAAAUAAUAGAAAAUCAAUUUGUAUAUAAAGUGAGAAAAAAACACAAAAGCGCAGGCAAUUAAAAGCGACGAAAAAUCGAUUGUGCUCAUUUGUUGGGUUUUAAGCUAACACUGUGAACCACUGACUUGUGCAGCGCGGUUGGCAGUUAGUGAAUAGCGGUGCAUGCAGUUACUAGAGACUUUCUGUGUGUUUCGACAAUUUAAAAAUAAAUAAUAUUUUUCAAAAUUGCUAUACAUACGCUGAAGAAAUAAAGUGAUAGUGUUACGUAAAAACAAAAACAUAUAAACAUAAAAACCGUUACAAUUUCCACCAUAUAAAAAAAUCGUCUCAUUUACUCCCCUCUCUCGUCUUACUGCACGCAUGAGUCAUCCGCCUUUUAACUGACCCCCUUUGGCCAUUAUUGCUGUUGGCUCACAAUUAGUCGGAAAAUCAACAUAUAAACACAGCGUGUCGUCGUGUUUGGAAAAUGAAAAGUCACAACAAAUAUGCAAAAUUACCCCAAGAUUUAGAUUUAAGUUUCCAAGAGCAAUUGGAUGUGGAUGCAGGUGCUUCGGAUGAAUUUAAUUUAGCUGCUGGCAUUGGUUUGGCAGACGAUACAGACGACGACGAACACGUCCCAACAGCAACAAAAACAGCAGCAGCAACUGGUGACCUAAACGCAGCCAGCGCAUUGGAGGGUCACGUUUUCGACGACGAAGAGGACGAAAUUGUAAUAGCAACAGCUUUAAGCGGCGGUGGUAGUGUUGGUACGCGUACUAAUGUUGUUGGCGGUGGUUCAGCCAGUGUGCGUGUGAACACGUCAGCCAACAGUGGCGAUAGGAAAGUGCGUGGUGGCGGCGGUGUGGCUGUUGGUUUAGGCAGCGAUAGUGUAAUCGAGACGGGUUCAACCCUAACGCCCGAAAUGUUGCUGACAACGUCCGAGUCAUCGACGUACAGCGCCUCCGAAGUGGCCGGCCGUCUACAGGUCGACACGCGUACCGGUCUCAAAUGGACCGAGGCUAAGUACCGUGCGAAAAUUAUCGGACACAAUGAGUUGAAUGUGAAUGAGGAGGAUCCUACAUGGAAGAAAUAUAUUGAACAGUUUAAGAAUCCACUUAUACUGCUGCUUUUGGGCAGUGCGCUAGUUUCGGUGAUUAUGAAACAGUAUGACGAUGCUGUGAGCAUAACGAUAGCCAUCAUCAUAGUGGUAACGGUCGCUUUCAUACAAGAGUACCGUUCGGAGAAGAGUUUGGAGGAGUUAAAGAAGCUGGUACCACCCGAGUGCCAUUGCCUGCGCGAAGGACGACUCGAUACGUUUUUGGCGCGUGAGCUAGUGCCCGGCGAUGUGGUGUACUUGAAUGUAGGCGAUCGUGUGCCUGCCGAUGUGCGGCUCUUCGAUGCCAUCGAUCUGUCGAUAGAUGAGUCAAGCUUCACGGGCGAAACGGAACCGGCGCGUAAGAGCACCGAGCUCAUACUGAGCAGUACCACCAAUAAGGAUCAUACAAAUAUGAAAAAUGUCGCCUUUAUGGGCACAUUGGUGCGCUGCGGCAAUGGCAAGGGUGUUGUAGUGAGCACCGGUGAGCGCAGUGAGUUCGGUGAAGUUUUCAAAAUGAUGCAAGCUGAAGAAGCGCCGAAGACACCGUUGCAGAAAUCGAUGGACAUACUCGGCGCACAGCUAAGUUUCUAUUCGUUCCUCAUCAUUGGCGUAAUUAUGCUGUUGGGUUGGCUACAAGGCAAACCGCUAACCGAAAUGUUCAAUAUCAGCGUUUCUUUGGCUGUCGCCGCCAUACCCGAAGGCCUACCGAUUGUGGUCACCGUGACGCUGGCACUCGGUGUCAUGCGCAUGGCCAAACGCAAUGCGAUUGUGAAGAAAUUGCCAACCGUGGAGACGCUCGGUUGCGUGAAUGUCAUUUGUUCGGACAAAACGGGCACUUUGACGAAGAACGAAAUGACAGCGACAGUUAUCAUCACAUCUGACGGCUACAUGGCCGAUGUCACCGGCGCGGGUUAUAAUGACCAAGGCGAAAUACAUAUACGCAAUUGCAAUAACGUCGAAAUGGCCAAAGCAAACAUCACGAACUUAUUAGAAAUCGGCGCAGUCUGCAAUAACGCCUACAUACAGAACGGCACUUUGCUCGGCCAGCCGACAGAGGGCGCACUAAUCGCUGUCGCUAUGAAGAAUGGCAUGUACGCCACCGCGGAGAACUAUGUGCGCAUACAGGAGUAUCCAUUCUCAUCCGAACAGAAAAUGAUGGCUGUCAAGUGCAUACACAAAUACAACAAUAACAAAGAGGAAAUCUUCUUUGCCAAAGGCGCAUUGGAAAUGCUGUUGCCGCAAUGCACGAAAUACAUGUUCGGCACACAAACGGUGCCGUUGACAAAGCAAAAUGAGGCGGAAUUCCUCGCGGAGGCCUAUGAAAUCGGCCGCAAGGGUUUGCGUGUGCUGGCGCUAGCGAAAGGACGCAGCCUGCAGGAUCUCAUCUACUGUGGCCUGGUGGGCAUAACCGAUCCGCCGCGUCCAUUGGUGCGCGAAUCCAUUGAGAUGCUGAUGCAGAGCGGCGUGCGCGUCAAGAUGGUCACGGGCGAUGCGCAGGAGACAGCCAUGGCGAUUGCAAAUCUCAUUGGCAUCGAUACAAUUCAUCAGCAGACGCUCUCCGGUCAAGAAAUGGACCAACUAAAUGAACAUCAGCUCGACAAAGUCGCCAAUAAUGUGAGUGUUUUCUAUCGUGUGACACCGCGUCAUAAACUCGCGAUCGUAAAAUCUCUACAACGUACGGGAAAUAUUGUCGGUAUGACCGGUGAUGGUGUAAAUGAUGGUGUCGCUCUGAAGAAGGCGGAUAUCGGUAUAGCUAUGGGCAAGAACGGAACGGAUGUCUGCAAAGAAGCUGCUGAUAUGAUACUAGUCAAUGAUGAUUUCCACACCAUAAUUGCUGCCAUCGAGGAAGGCAAGGCUAUCUUCUACAAUAUACGCAAUUUCGUACGUUUCCAAUUGAGCACCUCGAUCGCCGCUCUCUCAUUGAUCGCGCUCGCUACACUCAUGGGUAUCGCCAAUCCGCUAAAUGCCAUGCAAAUCCUUUGGAUCAAUAUUAUCAUGGAUGGACCACCAGCGCAAUCGCUCGGCGUCGAACCGGUGGAUCAUGAUGUACUCAAGCAGAAACCGCGUAAUGUCAAACAACCGAUGAUAACGAAAUCAGUGAUCGUGAAUGUGUUGCUAAGCGCCAGCAUCAUUGUGCUCGGCACGUUAUGGGUAUUUCAGCGUGAAAUGGCCGACGGCACGAUGGGCAAAACGAAGCGCGACACGACCAUGACCUUCACAUGUUUCGUCUUUUUCGAUAUGUUCAAUGCACUGGCGAGUCGUUCGGCAACGAAGAGCGUCUUCAAGAUCGGCUUGUGCACGAACAAAAUGUUCCUACUUGCUGUCGGUUUCUCAAUUAUCGGGCAAAUGUUGGUCAUCUAUUUCCCCCCACUACAAAUGGUAUUCCAAACGGAAGCGCUCUCUGCCUACGAUAUACUCUUAGUAUCGCUCACCUCGUCGGUGCUGAUCGUAGCGGAGAUUAAGAAGUGGUUCGAGCGCACCAUGGAGCGUAAGAUGUACAAGACACGUUCCGAGUUGGAUUUCGUAUGACAAAAAGCAAGCGCUGGAAGAAAAUCGUCAAACGUAAAGAAUGAUUAAGCUUAGCAAAAUACACACAAACCACAAACAAACAAACAACACGUAGCAAGGAGUGCGUUGGAUGGAUGGCACGGAGCGAACGAACUUGGGCGGGCGAAUGAUGACGAACGGAUUGCCGUGAAUGGAAUUGGGGUUAGAAGCGUAAAAGUAUAAAAACAAAGAAAACCACAAAAAAAUCGAAAAUGUUUAGGGUACACUGGGCGUAAUUUUAAGCGAAAGCAAGAGAGCAACAUGAAGUAAAACGAAAGAGAGCAAAACUAAUACAAUACUUUAAA